AUGUCGACAUCUGAUCAUCCAGAGUCAGAUGGUCAGACGGAACGUGCCAAUCGUGUCCUCGAAGAGAUACUUCGAGGAUACGUACACUCCUUUAAGAGUUGGAGUGAGUUUUUGCCAAUGGUAGAGUUUGCCAUUAACAACUCGGUGCAUGCGUCCACGACACAUACACCGUUCUACGUGAAUGGCUUACGCCAUCCGCGUGUACCCACCUUACUAGAGUGUAACUCUGGUUUAAGGGGAGAGACUCGCGCGAGCAAAAACCGAUUUGGUUCACGCUCAUCACGCUCUGACGAAGAGGUCAUUGCGUUUGAUGCCGAUAUCGAUAACAUCGAUAUCGAAGAAGAUGAUGCCAGUGAGAGUGCGGAAGCCCUCACUGAAGAAGAUGAUGCCAGUGAGAGUGCGGAAGCUUUCACUGAAGAAAAGGUUGAUGUUGCUGCAGUGCGCUCACAGCGCACUGAAGCUAACGAGUCAUCAGAUGAGUUCAUACUGGCUCGUGAAACGGUAGUCCGUUUUGUGCAAGACUCCAUCGCCGAAGCGGUGACUUAG